CCCUACCUGCGCCACCAUUCACGGCCGCGGCUGUCAAUCACUGGGUCCUGGCCGGUAAUUACUCGCCAGCGCCCCGUGAUUUACAAUGAUUACCGAUGGGGAGGAGGACUGUUUUGUUUACUAACAAUCCUCCUCCCUUUCAGCUUGGGCACACUGCUCUGGAUGGCUAGCAGUGUGCUUACAGUGAAGCACCAACACACAUCCCCCUAGUAAAACACUCCCUGCACAUAGUUAACCCUUUGCCUCUCAUGUGAACCCUUUCCUGCCCAGUGCCAUUAGUACAGUGUCAGUGCUUUUUAUUUUUAGCACUGAUCACUGUAUUGGUGUCACUGGGGAUGUCAGUGACACCAAGUCAUAUCCCCCAGUGUCAGAAUGUCUACCGCAGUCCUGAU